GCUAACUUGACGCUGCGCACUGAUCGUUAGCACCCACGUCUCACAGUCAGGAGUGCAGCUCUGUGAGCCCGUCAGAUAGCUUCAUGAUUGUUCACAGGGCCGCUAGUAUGAAACACUGUGCUGUGUACCGGCGUGUGUGUGAGUGACAGAGCUCCUCAGGACUCCUUCACCUCCCAUCAUGUUGUAGCCGACGGCAGCUAGCUAACGCCGAUGUGCAACUUCCUCCUUCCAUAAAGUCCGCUGAGCAGCUGCUCCGGGUGUUUGUCGAUCUGAACAGAGGCAGCCAGAACACACAGAGCUCCUGGACGGGUGACAUCAGUACAUGAUCUGUUCCUGGUAGCCACAGCAAGACAAAGAGACAGAUUUUUGCUGGGCUCACAAGAAGAUGGACUGACCAUCAAAACAGUCAUCGGCUCAUCAUCUCGUCUCUUGUAACUUGCCUGUUGGGCCCCUGAGGGCCCUCAGGCAGCAGGCGUGAUGCCAGGCAGCAGGCAGACUGCUCGCCACUCACUGUGGCGCCUCCUGUCACCGUUCCGUACCCGGCAGGAGCGGGUGGUCCUGGCCCGCAGUGAGAGCCUGCCAGGGGAGCAGGUGCUGAAGAUCACGGUCACAGAGACCACAGUGAUCGAGGCAGAGUCUGGGGUCUGGAACUGGCGCUCCCUGACCUACCUGGGCCUCUGGUACUUCUUCAGCUUCUGCACUCUGUUCCUCAACAAAUACAUCCUGUCGCUGCUGGAAGGGGAACCCAGCAUGCUGGGUGCUGUUCAGAUGCUCUCCACCACCGUCAUAGGCUGUCUGAAGAUGUUUGUCCCCUGUUGCCUGUAUCAGCACAAGUCCAGAUCAGAUUAUCCCCCCAACUUCAUCAUGAUCAUGCUGUUUGUUGGACUCAUGAGGUUCACCACUGUGGUUCUGGGCUUAGUGAGUCUGAAGAACGUUGCAGUGUCGUUUGCUGAGACAGUGAAGAGCUCAGCACCCAUUUUUACUGUCAUCAUGUCCAGGCUGAUCCUUGGGGAAUACACAGGGCUGUGGGUAAACCUUUCGCUGUUCCCCGUCAUGGCAGGCCUGGCCCUCUGCACAGCCACUGAGAUCAGCUUCAACAUGCUCGGCUUCUCUGCCGCUCUCUCCACCAACAUCAUGGACUGCUUGCAGAACGUAUUCUCCAAAAAACUGCUAAGUGGAGACACGUACAGAUUCAGCCCUCCAGAGUUGCAGUUCUAUACCAGUGCAGCAGCAAUCAUUAUGCUUAUACCUGCCUGGGUGUUCUUCUUGGACAUUCCAGUGACUGGGAAGAGUGGACAGAGCUUCAUCUUAAGUCAAGACAUUAUCUUGUUGCUGCUUUUCGAUGGUUGCCUGUUUCACCUGCAGAGUGUCACUGCCUAUGCUCUCAUGGGAAGGAUAUCCCCUGUUACCUUCAGUGUUGCCAGUACUGUUAAGCACGCCCUGUCGGUGUGGCUGAGUAUCAUCGUGUUCAGCAACCAAAUCACAAUCCUCAGCGCCGCCGGCACCGUCCUCGUCUUCAUCGGAGUCUUCUUGUACAACAAGGCCAGGCAGAUCCAGAGGGAAACCUUGCAGGCUAUGGCUGCCGAACAGAGCCAGAAACCACUACUGCAGGAUGAGGACUUCCAGGCCUCUGAUUCUCGCUAAAAACUCAGCACUAGAGGCUGCAAUGCUGCCAGAAAUGACGUGAAAGGUAUUGAAAAAGUCCACACACUGACUCGAUGACCACUCAAAGUACACUUGAUCCUUAGUUGUCUUGUGUUGGUCUGUUAAAAGGAGAAGCUCAGGGCGUCUGUCAGAUUUUUUUUAAGGAAGUGACUUAACAUUUGCAUUCCAGAGUAUGCUGGUUUCUCUUAUCUGUGGUACAGCAGCUACUAAAUGUAUUGUGUCUGUAAAUCAUUGACGUUGUAGGUUUUUAAAUUUUGUUAUGGUGUAAUUCAAAGUUAAUGUAUCUUAAUUGCAUCUCAAUAUAAGAUGUAAGUUGGGCACCGGUGUCUGAGGUUUGAGGCCUUUUUUGAGGCUUGUCCAGGCAAAGCUUAGACUGGCCGUUUGACACAUUUAAAACAUUGGAAAACCCAAUACUGCAUUCUGGGAAUGCUCUUCCUCUAUCAUGUAGUAUUUUUGUUAGUCUUUGUAAACUGACUGCUCCAUAAUGCAUGCUGGGAUGCCAGCCCUAUCCACCUAAACAGAUGGGCAUAGAGAAGGAAUAAAUGAACAAGCUGCUGUUUGUUACACAUGCGUACUUUUUCAAAAAAAACCUGUUUGUUACACCUUAGGCUUUAGUUUUGUAGUUCGGCCCUCUAGCACUGUAAGUUUAUAUCCAGCGGUCAGACGAUCACAGGGGUUUUAGAUGAAGCCCAAGUUUGUAAAAUAAGGAUAAAGAAAAAAAAUGAACCCUCUGAACACCAAACAAUUUCUCUCUCUCUUUUUUAAUUUUUUGUAUUUUUUACAUUUGUUUCAUUUGUUUGUUUUUUUUAAAAAUCUGAUUAUUUUGGUCAAAUUAUUAAGUGAAACCUGUAGAAUAAAGUGAUUUUGAGUAAAUAUCAUGGUUUUACACUAAGAUUUAGUGAAGUUUUUUGACCUAAUGGCAAAUCACUCAUGAAGAGUUCAGAUUGUUUGAAUGUGGAAAAUCCAACAAUGCCUUCUGUUGUAACAUUUUCUGGCUCUGAUAAAUGGUUUUCAAACAUGGUGGUGUGAUUUAGGGUUCAGAGGGUUAAUACACAAAUGAACUACUGUAAGCAACCACAACCAACUUCCUGAUUCAACUUUGACCUACUGUACUCACUGCAGUUCUUUGGACUUGGUCUUUGUUCCAAAUGCUUUAAUGAUGCUAAAACUGUUGGUUUUAUCAACAAAUAAUGUGUUAACUAGUGUAGAAAAACUGUUCACUCAUUUACAGGUGGUCUGAUUGCCUGACUGUGCCUGUUUCUUGGACCCUUUUGUUGCAGAGUUGUAAUACUUCACUAUCUCAGUUGUAUUUCUCUCAUUACAAACAAGAUCAAUAGCCCAACAACAAAGCCUAAGUUGUAAUGAACCUGUAAAAACCUGCUCUGCAGGUUCCAACGUAAACUUUGAAACCUACAUACAUUCAUGAUCACUGAGAUGUUUGACGUUUAAACUUACAUUCAUUCAUGCACACAUAAGCAGUUUGAGAGUAAGUGUUUCCUUUUCUGUCCUCACUGAGUCUGAUUUCAGCUUCUGUGGUGAAAGUGAAACUUUUUCCAUAGAUUCUUCAUUAAAAUGAACCACGUUGCCAAAAACAGCUGCAUGGUGCCAAUUAUUGAACAUACAUAUUAACCUUGUUCUGACCAUAUGGUUUCAGUUACACUGCUUCUAGUCUCUACCUGUACUGAAUCAAUGACAAAGUCCAUCAGUUGUCUGAUAUGACAUGUUUGUGUUAAUCAUUGUCAAUUCUAACUAUCAGCUGUCAGUUCAUUAUUUGGAAAGCAUUUUAUUAAUGCUCUACUUUUGCUGCAGUUUUUGUGCCUCAAGAAGCAGCUUUUUUUCUUUUGCAACAUGUAUUGGUGCCCUAAUUUUGACCACAGAGCCUGAACGUAGGAGUUAACUGACUUUAGCAUUUUUUACAUUUCCAUUAUUAUUUUUUUCAUUCUGCAUGACUGUUUCCUGUUACUGUUUGAGAAUUUAUAUCUCAACAUGUGCUAAUUAAAAAAACACAAGUGUACAUCAUGAUUUAGCGUCGAUACUAGAACAAUACAUCUUUUUAUACUAAUCUUCCGUGUCCUUAAAAUGCACCUUCUGUUUAAAGGCUCAUCAGUGUUGAGGUAAUUAUGAACUGUAUGCUUGGGAAUGUGCAAAUCAAAGAUGUAAAAAUAUUAGUGUGGAUGUAAUGUUUGGUGGACACUGCACAGAUAUUAAAAAUAUUUUGUCUUCAGCA